UGUGAGAUUUGCAGCAAGACCUUCUCUCAGAAAGGAGAUCUAGUAAGGCACAUGAGAGUACAUACAAAUGAGAAACCAUUCAGCUGUGAGAUUUGCAGCAAGGCCUUCUCUCUGAAGGGUACUCUAGUAGAGCAUAUGAGAGUACAUACAAAGGAGAAGCCAUUCAGCUGUGAGAUUUGCAACAAGGCCUUCUCUCAGAAAGGUGAUCUAGUAAGGCAUAUGAGGGUACAUACAAAUGAGAAACCAUUCAGCUGUGAGAUCUGCAGCAAGGCCUUCUCUCAGAAAGGAGAUCUAGUAAGGCACAUGAGAGUACAUACAAAUGAGAAACCAUUCAGCUGUGAGAUUUGCAGCAAGGCCUUCUCUGAGAAAGGUCAUCUAGUAAAGCAAAUGAGAGUACAUACAAAGGAGAAGCGAUUCAGCUGUAAGACUUGCAGUAAGGCCUUCUCUCAGAAAGGUCAUCUAAUAUAGCACAUGAAAGUACAUACAAAGGAGAAGCCAUUCAGC